CGCAACUCUCCCUCGUCUCCCCGUAAAAAAAAAACUCACUCUCUCCGUCUCUCUUCCCCGAAGCCGUCAUGGCUUCCGCUGCCCCCUACCCUCCGGCCGCCGGCACCACCGUCACCAGAGCCAGCAACAGCAAGCCACCGACCGCCGGAUCACACGCCAACCUCCUCCCCGCUUCUCCCUCCUCCGCGUCCCGUCUUCACCUCCCCCGCCUGCCCCCGCCACCUCCCCUCUCGUGCAACAACCACGCCCCCGUCCCCGCCACCACCUCCACCGUCUCCAGGAACCCCACCGCCGCCACCCUCUACCCGUCCGAGGACUCCCUCUCCGCCAUGUCUCCGCGCGAGCAGACCGCCCUUCUCUCGCGGCAGCGUCACUGGCGCCGCGCCCACGACCUGUUCGACCGCGUGCGCGCGCUCCCAGGCUACGCGCCCAACCCUGUCCACUACAGCGUGCUCCUCCGCCACCUUGCCCGCGCGCGCCGGUGGUCCGAGCUCCGCCGCGUCUGGCUCAUGAUGUCCCGGGACGACGCCAUCCGGCCCUCCAAUCCAGCCUACGCCGCCCUCGCCGAUGCCCUCGCCAAGGCCGGUUCGGCACAGGAAUCCCUCCUGCUUCUCCUGCACAUGCGCGCACUGGGUGUUGCCCCCGACGAGAUAUCCAUGAACACCUUCGUCCGUAUCCUCAAGAACAGUGGCCGCUACACGGACGCGCUCGUCCUUUUCAAUAACUGGUGCAUUGGCAGGUUCGAUGUUGAAUUUCUUCAUCUUGGAUACAGAGCGGUUGAUUUGCACGGACCAAUGCAAUUCUUGAUAGACGACGUGUUUCAUGGUAAACUUGAUUCUGCUGGUGCAUUGGGCAUUCAGAAAGUUCCUAGGAAGCCAAAGCUUGUGGAAACCUAUAACACGAUGAUUGAUCUUUAUGGAAAGGCCGGGAGGCACAAGGAUGCGAUGGACAUGUUUGUGGACAUGCUGGCUUAUCAGGUUAUGCCAGACGUAUGCACGUUCAAUACAAUGAUCUACGGAUUUGGGUCACGUGGCAGCGUCAAGGAGGCAGAGGCGCUGCUAGCUAACAUGGUCGUCAGGGGGGUCACUCCAGAUAUUAGGACAUAUAAUGUGAUGAUGACGCUGUUUGCGUCAAUGGGGGAUGCGGAGGGAGUUUUGAAGUACUACCAUCAAAUUGGGAGGAUUGGGUUAUGUGCUGAUGCUGUGAGCUAUAGGAUUGUGCUACAGGUGCUAUGUGAGAGGAAGUUGGUGCGUGAAGCAGAAGAUGUGAUAGAAGGAAUUAUCAAGUCUGGCACUAGCAUCCAUGAACAGUCCAUACCAGUUGUCAUGAAGAUGUAUAUUGAUCAGGGAUUGCUUGAUAAGGCAAAUGCAUUCUUUGAAAUGCAUUGCAGAGGCAAGGAGGUCUCAUCCAAGAAUUUUGCUGCCAUCAUGGAUGCGUAUGCAGAUAGGUAUCUUUGGGAAGAAGCCGAGCAUAUUUUCCACUGUGAUAGAGGGAUUGGGGGCAAGAGGGAGAUAGUGGAAUAUAAUGUGAUGGUCAAGGCUUAUGGUUUGGCAGGAAAAUAUGAUAGAGUCAUUUCUCUACUUGAGAACAUGAAGGGCUCUGGCAUCUCACCAGAUGAGUGCACUUACAAUUCCUUAAUUCAGAUGUUUUCUGCCGGUGGAUUUCCACACAGAGCUAAGAAGCUCUUGCAUAAAAUGAAGGACACAGGAUUUAAACCGGUGUGUGAGACAUACUCUGCUGUUAUGAGAGCUUAUUCUCGCAAUUCCUUGGCAUCUGAAGCUAUAGAUCUGUACAGUGAAAUGAAGGCCUCAGGUGUCGAACCAAAUGUGGUUGUUUAUGGUUUGCUGAUUAAUAUGUUUGCGGAGACAGGACAAGUGGAGAAGGCACUGGAUUAUAGCAACUUGAUGGAAGAAUCUGGAAUCACUCCAAACCAUAUUGUCUUAACUUCGGUUAUCAAGGCCUACAACAAGAUCAAUUGCUGGAAGGAAGCGCAGGAUUUGUAUACAAGGAUGAGGAACAUGGAUGGUGGCCCUGAUAUCAUUGCCUCGAAUACCAUGCUAAACCUGUAUGCAAAACUUGGGAUGGUCAUUGAGGCUAAGGCAAUCUUUGACAAUUUGAGGAGAAAUAAUCAGGAAGAUGAUGUUUCAUACAUUAUCAUGAUGUUUCUCUACAAGAACAUGGGCUUGCUUAACGAGUCCAUUAAGAUUGCUCAUGAAUUAGAUAAUUCAGGCUUACUAUCUGACUGUGCUGCAUAUAAUGCUGUUAUGGCAUGUUAUGUGGCCAAGGGCAACUUGAGAGAAUGUGCAGAGCUGGUGCAAAAAAUGGUGGAAGAUAACAUCUUUCCAGAUGCGUCAACCUUUCAGAUGAUAUUUUCUGUGGUGAAUAAAAUUAAUAUUUCAUCAGAGGAAGUUUUGCAGUUAGAAUCAGCAUACAGUGAUGGCAGGAGUUCUGCCAAGCAUGCUAUACUUGCAUUCUUGUUUUCCAUGGCCGGCAUGCAUGCUGCUGCAUUAAAUGUCUGUGAGCAACUUUCAAAGCCUGAGUUGACAAUUGAUCCAUGUGCAUACAAUGUUGCCUUCAAGGUGUAUGCUUCCUGUGGAGAGGUGGAUAAAGCUUUCAGUUUGUUCAUGCGGAUGCAUGCUUUAGGGCUAAAACCGGACACUGUUACUUGCAUCGAUUUGUCAACUUGUUAUGGGAUAUCUGGAAUGUCAGAAGGCAUGAGAAGGAUAAGUGGUCUUCUUGCAUACAGAAACAGCGAGUUUAGUAAGUCUUUACAUAAAGCACUGGUUUCCUAUAGAGAAACUGGAAGCAAUGAUUUUGCUGCUCAGUUAGUCAACAAAUGAGAUGUUAAGAUAGUUCACCUCGUGUGACCUGGUAAGCUCACAAGGUGAUGAUGACUUAGUUGUGGACUUCCCAGGUCUAACUUUGUUGUGGUAAUGUAAUUGAUUAUUGGAGGUGACACAUAUUUGCUUCAAGAUAAAAAAAGAAGGGGAUCAGAAAUAUUAAUGAGAUUGAUGAUUGGAGUUAAGGGGCUGGACACGCCCAUGGCUGAUGGCUCCAUGCUAAGUGUGGACAACUGCCACAUGGAAACUGCAGUUCUGUGGAUGAAGUCAUUCUCAAGUUCAUCCGUGUGGUGACUGACGUCAUAGAGUCUCUUGUGAAGAGAGUGAUUGUGGUUGAGUCUGAAACUGCUAUCGAGAAAGGAAUGUGAGGAUUAGGUUGGAAGAGAUCAGGAGGAAGACCACACAGGUUGAGUCCAUGUCGGUGACAGUCGAGGAGAUGGAGAAAUUUGCAGUGGGUACAAAUGGUAUGCUGGAUGAAAUCUCAUAGGGUUGAAGAUAUGGUGCCGGAGACCACAUGACAGAGGCAGCGCACUGCUGAAAAUGAGCAGGAGCUUAAUCAUGUGAAGAAUGACUUUGACUCGCCCAGAACUUAUGCCAGCACACUCGUUAAUGUCAGAGAAAAUCUUCUUCCGCCGGAGAAGCAAUUUGAGACAAUGGAGAAGAUUUUUGACAGUGGUCAACAAGAUGCAGAUAGACUUGGGUAAGUCUAGAAGUCUGAUUUUCUGCUGGUCUGCCUUUGCACAGAAAGAAGCGGAGGUCCAGAAGGACUAACCAGCUCGAGACUGAGAAAGCACAGAAAGAAGUCGAGGUCCAGAAGGCGAUGGAGGAAAACUUGAGGCUACGUGCUAUGGUCGACAAGAAGGACGUCCACUCGUUCAGCUCCAGGUGAUGAGCGAGUGCAUGUUCAUGGAUUUGAACCAUCCAAACUGGUGGAAGACAGACACACCAGAUAAGAAACCUGCACUUGUCCAACUGAUGUCACUUACAGUUAUAUUGCCGCCGAAAAUACAUAUAUCCCUGGAUGUCCCGAAUAACAGAUGGUGAUGCAAUGUUUUGGGGUCUGUGAUUCGUGUCGCGAAACUAAAUCGUGAAGUGUUGUUAUCUUAGACGUGGUGUGUCGUAAUCGCAACCCUGACAAGGCAGUUGUUGUAUCUUGAGCGAGUGCAAAGGCUGGACGCAUUUGUCCGGUUGGUUUCUUAAGUCCAUAAGAGACGACGCAGCA